AUGCCCCUCAGCGAAAAAGUUCAAAAACUGCCAUGUGGUUCUGGCCUCAAUCCAUCCGGCGAACCAGCAACUGGCCAACUUCACAUUCCUACUGAGCAACCAUGUAUGUCUCAGGUCAACUUCAAUGCGCAUGCGGCCAGUGGAGGAGUUCCUACCCCCAUAUCAAGUGGGAGCAUGUCAUUAUAUGGCUGGAGUAUGCAGGACGCUGACUUUGACAGCCACUUCCCUCACGGCCAAUACCACGGUGCUUUGUUCUCGGAAGGCCUCCAGGGCUCUUCUUUUGAACCCUUACCUCAAGGCUCCAGCCACAAUUUUCCUUCAACUGCCCCCCUCCAAGGUACUGGUACCAGCAUGAGUGCAUUGGAGAUGACACUGAUCCAGCGAGUCGAAGAUUCAACUUCGCAAUCUGCAACAUUGUCAAUGCCUCAACCCACGCGCAUCAAACUAUCAGAUGAUAUCAUUGACCAGUCCAUGAAAAUGGCAAUGCAAUUGUUCACGCAUGAAUUAUUUGGAGAAAAGGCAAUGGCGGUUGACAAAGCUGCCAAGAAAAUCAUGCUGAUCAAGGUUACCUGGGACUUGGUACCACAUUGUUUUGCGCCUAAUGCAACAUUUGAGGAUUUUAUCUCGAAUAAACAUUGUAAGGAUGUUGCGAAUGCGUUGUCGUCAACUCAUGGCAAAUUCGCUGAAUUAGUGCACAAGGGUGUCUUCCAUGCCUUCGACCAAGUCGAAAUCAAGGCUAAAUUCCAGAACUCAUUCAUCAUGUCCAUUAUCCAUUUUGUUUGGCAUGGGUUGCACCAAGAGUUCCUCAGCAAGACUGAGGAACAACAAAUCAAAAAUUUGAAGUUCAUGUGGGUGCUUGCCGGCGCAGUGACGUUUGGCAGCCUCAAUGAACAGUUUGAAGUUCAGGUGAAAGUGGAUGGUUUUGGAGGAAUGGGAUCCAAUCGCAAGUUCCUAUAUAUUCUCAGUGCAAUGAACAACCUUUCCAGGGAUGAGUGA